AUGUGUUUGAGUCAGAUUAAGUGUUGUUUGAUUCUGUUUCUGUUUCUCUUCCUUUUCACGGGUCUCUCGGCGUCAACUUUCAUUUCAGAUGGUAUCUUCGGAUCCCCAGAUUCAACUAAUAGGAGGCUCCUUCAAGCUAAGAAAGCUUGCCCUGUUAACUUUGAGUUCCAGAACUACACUAUCAUCACCAGCAAGUGCAAAGGGCCACUAUACCCACCCAAUCUGUGCUGCGGCGCUUUUAAAGAAUUUGCAUGUCCUUUUUAUGAUGAACUGAACGACUUAUCUAACGACUGCGCUUCAACCAUGUUCAGCUACAUUAACCUCUACGGGAAGUAUCCACCCGGUCUAUUUGCCAGUGAGUGCCGGGAGUCAAAGGAAGGACUUGAUUGCUCUGCAAUGCCACCAUCAUCAUCACUAUCAGAGAGAACAGAGAAAUCUAGUGCUGGGAAGAUAAUAUGUAACCUAUUCUCAAUGCUGAUGCUCAUAACAGCUCCUCUUGCGCUUCCCGACGCCGGUCCACCUCCAAUUUCCCGAACGCCUUUCCAGCUCCGAUUUCGACUCAGGCAACUGCUGGAAUCCUCUCGAAAAUUACAACUUUUGGACAAGAUGAUGGUCAAACUUAAAGAGCAGGGCCACAUAGUUCUGAUAUAUCCUCAAUUUCAGCAUAUGUUGGAUUUAUUAGAAGACUGUUGUAGUCAUAGGAAAUGGAAAUGGCAUUAUGAAAUAAUAAGGUUGGUUGGUGGAGCAGAAAGACAAAUUCGAAUAGAUAGGUUUAAUGCAAAGAAUUCAUCGAGAUUUUGUUUUCUUCUAUAUACUAGAGCUGGUGGUUUAGGCGUAAACCUUGCAAAUGCGCGCACAGUAAUCAUAUAUGACAGGAGGAGUUCGAUAAUUGAUUUCUCAUCGUUUUUCAAAAGGUCUCACAUCAUGUCCCAUCAUCUAGAAAACAACGAUGAUUACAUGGAAGAUGAACAUGAAAUGGAAGAUGUGGAUGAUGACAUGGGUGAUGAGUUCCAUGGUCAAGAUGAUGGUGGCUCAGAUUCUGAUGCGGAUGAGUAUGGUUACAUGAGUGAUAGAAUGCAAGAUACUACUGCCGCUCAAGCUAGGAGAGGCAAAGAUAUUCAAGGGAUUCCUUGGGAUAGGCUCAGCAUAACAAGGGAGAAGUAUAGGCAGACUAGAAUCGAACAGUACAAGAAUUAUGAGAACAUUCCUCAAUCUGGAGAAGCAUCAGGCAAGGAUUGCAAAACCACAGAUAAAAACGGCUUGUAUUAUGAAUUCAGACGCAAUUCGAGAUCUGUGAAAUCAACAAUCUUGCAUUUCCAGUUGAGAAAUUUGGUAUGGGCCACAUCAAAGCACGAUGUUUACCUAAUGUCUCGUUUCUCAGUUUUGCAUUGGUCAUCCUUGACUUGCAGUAAGUCUGAAGUUCUUAAUGCCUCAGGACAUAUAGCACCUUCUGAGAAACAUCCUGGAAGCCUGUUGGAAGGAUUUACACAAACCCAUGUCAGCACACUAGCUGUGAAGAAUAAGCUUCUGGUUGCUGGAGGAUUUCAGGGAGAACUUAUAUGCAAGUUUUUAGAAAGACCUGGAGUGAGUUACUGCACACGGACAACCUAUGAUGACAAUGCCAUCACUAAUGCUGUUGAAAUAUAUACAUCUAGAAGCGGUGCACUUCGUUUUAUAGCUUCAAACAAUGAUGGUGGUGUUCGAGAUUUUGAUAUGGAAAAAUUUCAACAAUCCAAACAUUUUCGUUUUCCUUGGCCAGUAAAUCAUACAUCUCUCAGUCCCGAUGCUAAGCUCCUCGUAAUUGUUGGAGAUCACCCAGAUAGUUUAUUGGUGGAUUCCAGGAGCGGAAAGACCGUUGCAUCCUUGUGUGGGCAUUUGGACUAUUCAUUUGCAUCAGCAUGGCACCCUGAUGGCUUGACACUUGCUACGGGGAACCAGGAUAAAACUUGCCGAAUAUGGGACAUCAGAAACCUAUCCAAGUCGGUCACUGCGUUGAAGGGAAACCUUGGAGCCAUUCGAUCCAUCCGCUACACGUCUGAUGGUAGAUUCAUGGCAAUGGCAGAGCCUGCGGAUUUUGUCCAUGUUUUUGAUGUUGAAAGUGGGUAUGAGAAGGAGCAGGAAAUUGAUUUCUUCGGUGAGAUUUCUGGCAUGUCAUUUAGUCCCGAUACCGAAACUCUUUUUAUUGGUGUGUGGGAUCGCACAUACAGUAGUCUCCUUGAAUUUGGUCGACGUCGUGAGUACUCGUACCUUGACUCCAUUAUCUAA